CGUCAAAAUUAGUAUAGUGUUAUAUACAGCAUUGCGUUAAAUAGAAAAAUGGAUGGCAUAGAUAUUUACGAACUGGACUAUCCAACUCAUGAAGGAGUCAGGUUACCCAAAGUUGAACCACUUCUUAGAGAUGCUGGAAAAGUGAUAAAUGAUAUUCAAGAUUUAAAGCUUGGCCCGGAAGCAGUUAUUCUGGCUACGUUUCCUAGAUCAGGAACACACUGGGUGUACGAAAUUACUCAUAUGUUGCUUACGAGGAAUGCAAACUACAAUACAGUUUCUAGAGAGGCCACUUUCUUGGAAGGGUUGCCAGACCUUGGUCCUCUACAGUUUUAUAAUCAUAUCGUCAGCACACACCUUCAAUUCAAGUGGCUACCAAAACAGCACGUAGAGAGAGGUGGCAAAAUCAUAUACGUCAUACGAAAUCCUAAAGAUGUUGCGGUUUCAUUCUUUGAAGUGAUGCGCUCCUGUGGUUUAUUGCGAGAAGAAACAUUUGAAUAUUUUUUAUCUGAAUUUUAUUUAGGGAAAAGGGCAAUUUAUGGGGGUUGGUUUCAAUACAAUCAAACCUUCAUUAGAGAGGCAAAGGCACGAAAAGACCAAAUCAUCAUGCUGCAAUACGAAACAUUGAAAAACAACACACUAAAGGAACUAAAACGAUUAGCGGAGUUCUUAGAAGUGAAAAUAGCUGACCCAUUAUUGAAAGAAAUAGCAGAGAAGUGUCAAUUUGACAACUUAAAGACAGCUGAUAAAAGCGUGCGAAAUGAUGAAGCAUUGUCCAAGAUCAUGCGAGCUGUGAGUCUUAAUGAACAUCCUACCAUUUAUAGGAAAGGUGAAAUUGGAGACUGGAAAAAUUAUUUCACAGUAGCGAUGAGUGAAGCAUUUGACAAAACAAAAGCAGACAAUAUGGACGAUAUUGGAUUGGAAUUCGAAUUUGAGUAGAGUACAAAUCAGAAAUUGAUAUAUGUAUCAUAUUUAUGCAUUAUCAUUCAACUCUUAGUGAACAAGAUUUAUCUAAAUAUCUAUUGUUUAUAUUCAAUAAAAUAAAAAAAAAUAUUUUGCUUGUA